CUUCAUUCGUUCUCUCUGUUUGAGCCCAGUUAGCUCGGUAUCGCAUUAUGCUACGGUCACACCGUGCUCUACGAUGCUACGUAAGUCCCGUGGCAAUACAUCCUCGUGAUCUUCUUCUACAUUUGUGCGCCAUACGUUACCAAUCGCGAAAAGUUAAAAAUCUUCGAACCACUAUUCUUACCUUUACUGGCAUGGUACUACACGGAAAAUAAUAAUGGGAAAGAACGCCAGCAAGUUGAAGUCGCGUAGAACUCAAAGCAUAGCAUGGAGUUUCCGAUUUCCGUCGAUGGGCACCCUACAGAAUUUAGGCGCCAGCGGACGGCGCCGGAAAAGAGGAAUCUCUUCUUCUUUAUCCUCUUCCAAGGAUCUCAGACGACAGAGACAUACGAUCCAUCUACAACCGGAAGUGAUUCAAAAAGAACCAUGCCUGAUCGUGACGCCACCGUCGCCAGAGGAUUUCAUUAGAUCUAAUCAAAGAUCGGUGGAGGAACUCGAGGAAGAAGAAGAAGAAGAAGAAGAAGAAGAGGAAAAAGCAGAGGAGGAGGAGGAGGUGAAAAGUGAUAGAAGGGAGGAUCGCGACGCAUGUCUUUUACAUCGAGAGAUAACUCUCUCGAAAGGACUCGAGAGCAACAAUAAUUUAAAUCCACCAAUGGAGCAACCAGAAGAAUCGACGCGGAAACUGUUAGAAAGAGAAUUGCGGCUUUUAGAUCCACGUGAUUUACGUUCGCAUGCUUGGUAUCAUGGCAGUACGCUCCGAGGUGGUAGAAAAGGUGCUGAAGCAGAAGUACCCAACGACGGUGAUUUUCUCGUCAGAGAUUGUGCCUCUCAACCAGGGAAUUACGUUCUCACCGUACGAUGGAAGGGACAACCGCUUCAUUUCGUUAUAAAUAGAGUCGUAAUUCAGCCGGAAACGGUCUACGAGAGAGCACAAUACCAGUUUGAAGAGGAAGCCUUCGACACAGUCGCCGAUCUGAUAACCUUUUACGUUGGUAGUGGUAGGCCGAUAAGCCAAGCGAGUGGUGCUCGAAUUAUAACUCCAAAGCCAAGAUCAGUACCACUGACCUGUGUAAGUGGUGGACCUACUGUAAAUCAACAUAGUUCGAGUCCAUCCUCGUCGUCUUUGUCGACUGGUUCGCCACCGCGAUUGCCAAGGAAGCAACAACGUAGUCAUUCCCUAACAGCGCAGCAUCACGUACCCGAUCAACAUGGAGCCAAUAGAGAGACUGGAAGCCAACAAGCAAAUAUUCCGAUACAAUCGAGUACACUACCAAGAAUACCACCAAUACAGAGCCAACCACCUUCGUGUUCGUUAUCAUUGGGUCGUCAAAAGAUUACUAGAGUGAUUUCAGAUCCAGCGCUUCAACAACAACAACAGCAACUGCAGCAACAACUACAGCAACAACAACAACAACAACAACAGCAACAACAACAGUUACAUCAACCUCUUAGUUUGAAUCAUCAAAAUACCAUAGCAGGUUCUGCUCCGCCGAAACCACCACGAGUACCAUACGUUGGAAAUCAUCAACAACAUCAUCAUCAUCGUCAUCAUUAUCAUCAAGGUUAUCAAGCUUCCGGAAGUGAUAGUGGAAACGGAUCAGGAGAUAGUGAAUUCGAGACAAAUAACUCGGGCGGUACAAGUAAUCCAUCGUCGUCCGCACCCAUUAAAGGUGUAGUCAUACGAAGCCAUUACAAUACCAGUAAUGACGGUACAAAUGGUAAUAACGGCAAUGAAUAUGAGUUAAGCGCCGAAGAACAACUUGUAGUUGCCGCUCCUUCGUUAGAAGUUACGACAGUGCUCGAUAUCGAAGGUUUCUCAACUCUUCUUUUACCAGCUGGAGAACAUCGACCUCUCGAUCCUACCGCGCUAAGAGGCGUCUCUGGAAUGUUACACGAUUCAGCACCCAGAGUCUUGGCGUCCCAUCUCACCAGAAUUGAUCUUGAGGUCGCUCUUCAGCCUGGUACUGGCAAUCGUAGCGGAUUAAGUGGAAUUGAACUAGCAACGUUGCCUCACGGUAGGCAAGCUAGGAUGGAUCUGAUAGAAAGAUCCGAGUGUUUGAAGCUUCUAGUCGCGGUGACCGUUCUAGCCGGUGCUACUGCAAUCGAAAGAGCGGCAACGAUAAGUAAAUGGAUCAAAGUUGCUAUAGAUACUAAAACGGCUCUAGGAAAUCUUUAUGGUUUCUGCGGUGUGAUGCUUGGCUUAUGUCUACCACAGAUACAAAGAUUGGCCAAUACGUGGCAUCUUCUCAGGCAAAAGCAUACUGAAGAAGCAUUUAGUUUCGAAGCCAAAUUAAGGCCUACUCUUCGUGCCAUGAACGAAUGCACGAAUCCUCAAGCACCUAACACAACUUUACCUCAUCUUCUACCAAUCGCUUUGCUUGAGGAACGUGGUCCUGAAGAUGUUCUUGGAACUGUAGCACCUUCUGGAUUAGCAGCAGCGAUACUUUCUCCUUGGGAAAAUUCAGCACCCGAUUGUGGCCUUUUCAUAGUUUGGUCUCAUUUAGAAGCGGCGCGUAAACUCGCCGAAAGCUUGCCAUUGUUUCGACGAAACGCUGAAAUCGCUUUGGAAGGAGCCAGAAGUGACGAAUUGCUAUCCGAUGCGUUUCGAACGGAGUUUCAUAUAAAAUUUCUAUGGGGUAGUCGAGGUGCUACGGUGGCACCCGAGGAAAGACAUCUCAAGUUCAGUCAGGUCCUGGACGCGAUGUUCGAUAAGUGCUCUGCCAGCGAAGUAUCGGCGUAGACCAAGAAAACCAAAAAAAAACGAAAGAGCUAUACCGAAGCGCUUGUUUUUCGAAGUCUGUAGGAUCUUCUUAGAAAACUUAAAAUUAUCAACAGAUGAAAAAUCAAGCAACAAUUAUGUUAAAUAAAACUUAAUUGUUACGAGAAAUGUUUCGAAAUGAUCGAUUGCUAACAACGUAGGCACUCAUAAAGGAACAACUAAACAUAUUUCGUGCGAUAAAGUCGAAUAAUAAGAAUCAAUUGAGUUGCCAUUUUAGUCUCGUUUUAGUACCUAUGCCCAUCGAAAAAUCAAAAUGUUCUCUCCCUUAGUGUGAUUCCCCGUGUACUUAUCAUUACGAAUGUAAUCGAAAGUUAUAUUAUUGCCAUAAAGUAAUGCUGAUCUUGAAGAUCAAGCAUGCCAUCUUUGACGAUAUAAAAAACCGAGUCCCCACAAUUAUAUACAAACCCCAUCCGUGACAAUACAAAACGGUACUAUAAAUGAAAUUUUUAAAAG